UUGAAAAAUGAUUGUAUUUCUUUCACUGACAUGUUUUUGUUUUUGUUUUUUUUAUAUAUUAAAAAUCAUUAAAUAGCGAUGGAAGGCAUAAAUUGGGACAGCUUUUAAUUAAGUUCCGCCUUUCAUAUUACAGCAUGCAUGAUAUUGCAAUGUACAUUAUAUAGGGAGGUGAGUAAGCUGUCCACCAUAUAGACGAACAGGAAAAACUAUCAUAUAUCAAACAAUUUUAAAAGUGAAAAGUUGGAGAGGAAUUUUUCGUUGAUAUUUAGUUGAUAUUCUAAUCUGAUGAUGAAUUAUUCUGCUGAAGAUCUGAAUGAAGAGGUGACAGGAAUACUUUACUUCAAUACUGGGUUGUUAUCAUUGUAUCUCUUUCUUGGAUUAAGCGGCAACGGAAUUGUCUUAUUUAUUUAUACACGCCGAAUAAAACGCACCGAGGAGAGAUAUUUCAUCCCUGUGUUGGCCAUAGCGGACAUUUUUGCAAUUUUGUCUGGCGUUGUUCUUGGGAUCGACUCAAAUUUUCAUCGAGCAAAUUACGUUAUAGACACAUUUUGUAAGGUCGGGUUCUAUUUAACUUGGACGACGUCGUCAGUUUCCGGAAUAAUCAUUCUAUUGAUAGCCUUAAAUCGCCAUCUAAUGAUUUGUCGACCGACCGGACCCCAGCUUACUGUCGCAAGAAAAAGAAGGGCAAUCGUUGCAGUAAUCAUAUUUUCCAUCCUGUCAUCUGGACCAAUGCUGUAUUUUAUAGGGAAAAGGCAACUCCCCUUUGUGUAUAAAGGACAACCCAUCAACGCAACUCUUUGCACAUUGCGUUUUUCAAGCGGUUUUUGGUAUAAGUUACAAAUGGGCUAUUUUGCGUUAGAGGUCUUUUUAACCGUGCUGAAUAUGUUAUUAACAUGCGGUUUUUAUAUACCAGUGGGUGUGAUUAUAUAUCGUAGAUUUAAAUCAACGAAAAACAGAUCUAAAUUAACCGGUGAUACGCAAGAAAUGUCAACCAUUCAAUUAAGCGAAGUUCCAUCAAAUCUCUUCAAGGUACAGCAGAUAGACAACAGCGAUGUAGAAGACUCGGCAAUUUCAACUACAAUGUCAACAGUCGGUACUUCACACAAGGACAUUAUACCGGGUACAAACAAGGAAGUGAAGAGAGAUGAGAGAGAGUCCUCGGUGAACAGGAAGAAGAGGGUACGGCGUAAACAAGUCAAGCACAACUUCACAACGAUGUUUGCCACCAUCAUUGGUUUCUAUAUUCUGGCCUACCUCCCGACUAUGAUGUUAAUGAUUAUUCCGGGUCAAAACCCGGCCGAAUUUUAUUUUUCAAAGAGCCCCGUAGCAAUCAAUCUACUUGUUUUCUUACAAAGAGCUUUCUUGUUGAACAACAUUUGUAACGCUUUUAUUUAUACUUACUUUGAUUUGUCCUUCAGAAAAGAGGUCAAGAAGCUAUUAUGUUUACCUUGCUUGUAAUAUUACAUUGACAACACAAUAAAAUAAUGUUUUACCAUGUUGUAUUAUCUAAUAACUUUAUUAUAGUUAUUAAUUUCAUAAAAUUAUGAUAAGUUUAAAGUAAUAAAAACAAUUUACUAUGCUUUCGAACACACGUGCAAUUUAGGCGUUUUCAAAAAGUUUAAUUGUCCAACUGACUAGAGAAAAUUAUAUAUUUUAAAACACGUUAUCAUUAAACGGAAAUUUCUACCACGUUAGUAAAAAUAUGACGAUAUGUGGCGUAUCAAACAACUUUAACUUUCAUAUGAAAGGGAAAAAAAAAUCUUCAUGUAAAUCAAAAGUCCGGGAAAUCUUUUUAUCUUUAGUACAACAUACAGUUGCCACGAUUAAACCUUGUGUAAUUAUAUUAUUCAGCUUUUAGUAAAUUGCUAGUUUUAUAGAGGUUUUUCUUCGUUCAUAUGUGGUUUUGGUAUUUGGUUUUUCAUCCCAACAAAUUAAUGACAUUUUAACCCUAUUGUUAUUUCUAUAUCUUGUGUUUCAAACGUGUAUCUUUCAGAUCCGACACCUAUAUCGAGAAAGUGUCGCUCAAAUCCGGUGUUUUGGAUAUUAUUUAGAUUUAGUCUAGUGCUAGUUUUUUUUUUUUAAGAUGUUUUUCUCCUUUCAUUUGUAUUUUGUUGUCCUGAAGAAGGGAUGUGUUGUCCUUAAUUCUGUAAAUAUUUACUUUAUUGUUCGUGACGUUGUUUUAUAUAUAUAUAACCAAACGUAUAGGAGAUAAGCUCAUUGUUUUGAUUUGUUUUGGGAAUGUUAUUUCAUUGGUGCGUUUGUUUUGCUUUUUGUAUA